AUGUCCAAAGAUCACACUCAUCCUACACAAAUUUUAACCGCAGACCCUUUAUCCUCAUCUCUAAACAUAGAGAGCGGCUUAAAAGACUUCUACAGAAUUACGUUAAAAUUUAAGAACAAAAGUGUUGAAAGAGACUACAAAGAAUCAAUUUUAUUUCACUAUAAGAAAUUUCACAGCAAUAGCUACUCACGAAGCAAAAACUUCUUUUUAAGCUAUUUUGGGACAAUGCUGGCUUAUAUUUUGAUGUACAUCCUCGUGUACACCAACAAAAGCUUAUUCCUCCCUUGAUAAGCUGACAAGAAUUUUUGCUCUCGAAUAGUUGGGAUUAAUUUUUAUUUUAAAUUAAAUUUAUGUAUUUAAUAAUUGUUUUUUGGCUUAAAAAAAUAUGUGGACAUUUGUUGGGAAAAAUUUUAUUUAAUUUAUAAAAAAUUGUCUAAAAUUUAAAAAAAUGGUUAAUUUUUAUAGACUUUUCUAAUGGUUUUGCUCGCUAACAAAGAGAUGGUUAGAUAAAAAAAUUUUUGAGUUCCAGGUGAUCUCUAUGGGUUUGAUCCUGAUUUUGAGUGUCAAUAUUUUUUGUUUGUCCUUUUACACUAACAUUUUCCGGAAAUUUCGUGUUGAUAUUUUACAAUUUAACUACUUCUCCUUUGGAGUAUUCCUAAUAAUUAAUAACCCUCCUGUGCAGGAAGCAAUUUUUGGAAGUGGCGGAGACGUAUAUAUUUCAAGCUUACCCGGACUAUUAGUGAUAUUAGCGAUAUCAAAAUUUGUAUUAUAUACGAAUUAUUUUGAAUUUGGUAUUACAAACAUUUGUUUAGCUAUAAUCUAUUUAAUUUCGCAUUUGCUUUCCAAGCAGUCACUUAUUACGACACUAUUAGAGCUUGCGAUUUAUUUAUUUCAGAUAAUUUAUGAAACGUCAAAAUUUUACCACACAGAGAUAACCUGAAGGUAUCAGUUCCAAAUGAUUCAAAGCGAUACCAUAAUUGAAAAAAAUAACAACGAAAAUGAAGCUCCAAAGACAGAAAUCGAAGAAGUCACAAGCUGACUGAUUGAGUCAAUGAAAUUAGUAGAGAAUUUGAUAAAUAAAGCAUCUGCAAAUAACAAAAUCAGGUUGAAGAGAGUUCUAGAACUAUUAAAUAAAAUUUCGAGAAUGAUUAGGUCAAAAAGAAACAUAUAUUCCACCGAUAUAGAAAUGAUUACUAAAAAUAUGGACGAAGACGACAGAGAAUACAUUAAACAAUCUUGAAGCGACCAAAACCACAUUAUUUCAAAAACUUCCAGCAAAAUUCGAGUCCGCAAGACAUCUGAACUCCUUAAAAUUAAGCCUUAUGAUGUUGACGAGCUAACCGGAGUGUUACGCCAAAUUGGGAAAAACUGAAAUUUUGAUACAUUUUUCUUGAAAGAAUGUACUGAAAAAUAUCCUCUACUAAUAACGGGAAAAUAUUGUAUUAAAAAAUAUAGACUAGAUGAAGUAUUUAAUAUCCAAGAAAAAAUUUAUUUCGAUUUUUUUGAAAAAUUAGAAUCACUAUACAAAGAUAACCCAUAUCAUAACUCGACCCACGCUGCUGACGUGUUAGCGUCCUUUUUGUAUUUAACUAACAAAUCAUGCUUAGCAGAUGCAUUAUUAGAUAUUGAAGUCCUUGCUUCAAUAAUUGCCAAUUUAGGUCAUGAUGUAGCUCAUCCAGGCUUUAAUAAUAGAUUUUUGAUAAAUACAAAAGAUGAGCUGGCGAUCAGAUAUAAUGACGUUUCAGUACUGGAAAGCAUGCAUUGUUCAACGACUUUUCAAAUUAUGCAAAACCUUGAGUAUAAUAUAUUAGGAACUUUGGAUAAGGACCAGUGGGCAACUGCAAGGAAAUUUAUUGUAGAAAUGAUAUUAGCGACUGAUAUGGGGCGGCAUUUUGAUUUACUUGGACAGUUCAGAGCGAAACUUAUGAAUAAUAGCUCAAGACCUCUAGAAACUGCAGAAAACAGACUUGAAGUGCUCAGAAUGGCAAUAAAAGCAGCUGAUAUUGGCCACGCUGCUAAAGUGAGAGAGCUGCAUGAAAGGUGGACUGUUCUCGUUGUCAAUGAGUUUUUUAACCAAGGCGACAUAGAAAAAGCACUAAAACAGCCAAUUUCAAUGUUUUGUGAUCGAGAUACCACUGAUAUUGCAAAAUCCCAAGCUGGCUUUAUCAAAAAUAUCGCUUUACCUCUAUACGAAGCUCUAAACAGCUAUCUCAUCUCUUCUUCAAUUGACGAAAACUGCAUAGAGCAGCUAAAAUCAAACCAAAUUACUUGGGAAUUCAUGGCCAACAAACACAGAAUUCUAUCCCAUUGUGCAGUGGAGCCUGAUUCUGACUACCAGUCAUUAGUCAACAAAUACAACCCAAUCCGACGAGGGAGCACUUAUGGCAUCCCAAAAACAAACUCACAGGACGACGCCUGGAUGGUAUAA